AUGGCGCACCAGCAGAUCCUACCAACCGAUCGCCUCCUUAAGCUCUGGGAUAAAUACAACAUCAAAGCGACUUGGUUUACACCAGCUCACUCUGCUGAGUCGUUUCCAAAGCAAAUCCGCAAGAUUGUGGACAAGGGCCACGAGAUCGGAUUGCAUGGAUACACGCACGAAUUCGUAUCAACUCUGAAUGAAGAGCAGCAAAGAGAUGUACUAAAGAAGAGCAUCGAUGUCUUGACAAACAUCGUCGGCAAGAAGCCGAGAGGCUGGACCGCCCCAGCUUGGAGCACGAGUAAGGAGACCGUCAAGCUUUUGGAAGAGUUUGGGAUCGAAUACGACCACUCCUUCAUGCACCACGAUUCUCAACCCUACUACCUCCCCGACCCCUCUCUCACCACCUACACCUCAACCGACACCUCCCUCCCCGCCUCAUCCUGGAUGACCCCAAUGUCUACCCUCCACCCAUCCACCAUCGUCGAGAUUUGUGCGAACUGGCACCUAGACGACUGGCCGCCCUUCCAGCUGUCCCUCUCGCAGCCCUCCACGCACGGCUUCGUCGACACGGCCGUCAUCGAGCGGCUGUGGAAAGAGCAGUUUGAAUUCCUGUACCGCGAGUGUCCGGAAGAUGGGAGUUUCAUUUUCCCGAUUAGUCAGUGGGAAGCCGCAGGUGGUGAUGCUGCAUGA